AACUCGCAAAGCAUUGGUCUCUGCGAAGGACUCCUCAAUUCCAGUUGAAGUUUUGUUGAGGCAUUGUUGCUCACCUGGGAUAUUCUCCUUCCAAAAUGGCUUCUGGAUUCCUGAAAAAGACACCAGCACCUCGUUUUCUGCUCAGGGAAAGACUGAAGCCUGACACUCUGACUCCCUCUGCUUUCCGGAAGGAGAUGUCUCUCAGCACCAAGCAGCUGCUGGCCAGAGCUAAGAAUCUGAGUCUGCCUCUAAUUGUCCAGCCUCAAGACAAGCAUGAGACCUCCCAUCACAAGCUCUCGGCACCUGUCCCAGAGCAGAGCUCAUUUCAACCUUGCCCACCAGAGGUGGUAUUUCAGAACUACACUCCUGGUGAGGUCUGUGAAGUGCCCGUGGUUCUGAGGAACAGGGACAAGGUUCCUCGCAUGAUGAAGGUCACCUUGGAGAGCUCACCUUAUUUCCAGCUGGUGGGCCCCAAUGACGUGUACCGCAAGGUGCCACCAGGCCUCUCUGUCACUGUCCGCAUCCUCUUCAGCCCUGAACAGAACAAGGAUUACUUCCACCAGCUCCUCUGCACCACUGAAAGGGAAGGGCUCAUUGUGCCAAUUCGGGCCAUUGGUGCCCGAGCCAUCCUGGACUUCCCUGAUGAGCUGGACUUCUCCAAGUGUCCGGUCAAGUACAGCAGCGAGAAAACCCUGCUGGUUCGCAAUGUGGGUAACCGGGCAGCUCAUUACCAGCUGAGCACCCAGAGCCCUUUCUCUGUCCUUCCGGCCAUGGGAGCUCUGGGCAUCGGUGACGCCACGCAGGUGACAGUGGGAUUUCAGCCACUGAAGACCGGUGACUUUUCCGCAUCCCUUGUGGUGCACUACGACACAGGUGAAGACACCCACACAAGCCUUCAUGGAAGAGCUGCGGAUGCCCACAUCAGGCUGGACAAGUAUACUGUGAGCUUUGAGAAGACGUACGUCAGCCUGUCAAACCGCACAGCUGUGCGCAUCCACAACAUGAGUGACAUCACAGCCUGCUUCCAGUGGAAGGCUGUUGACAGUGGGCAAGAGGAGGAUCAGCUGGAGCUGAGCCUCCAGAAUGAGAUGGCAAAGGUCAGAGAAGAUCCCAUGGUGCUCUCUGAUGGCAUUUUCUCCCUUGAGCCGAAGGAGGGCGAGAUCAGGCCGAAUUUUUGGGCUGAGAUCAGCGUGUUCUUCAAGCCCCAGGAAGCCCGGGUCUAUGAGCAAGCGGUUUACUGCGACAUCUCAGGCCGUGAGAACAGGCUGCCCCUGUUCCUCACAGGGGAAGGCCUCGGGCCCCAGCUCCACUCCUACUUUGAGGAACUGAACAUUGGGGAGGUUUCUAUCAGAGUAACCCACAGAUACAAGGCAGUCCUGUUGAACAAAGGGCCCAUUGAGGCUUCCUUCAGCCUCAUCCCUCCAAGCACAGCCAUGGGCUCCUUCUUCACCUUCCUGCCCCAGGAGGGCAUCGUGGCACCACACGGGCUCCAGGUCAUCCGAAUCUCCUUCUGUCCCACCAUGCUGGGGGAGUUUGAGGAACAAUUCUGCUUCCAUGUGCAUAAAUCCCCUAAGCCUGUGACCUUGACUAUCAGGGGCUCCGUGAUGGGACCGACUUUUCAUUUUGAUGUGCCCGCCCUGCACUUCGGUGACGUCUCCUGUGGUUUUCCUCGCACCUUGAAGUGUCGCCUGUCUAACACCUCCCUGAUACCCAUGGUCUUCAAGCUCAGCAUUCCUGGGGAUGGCAGGGGAGAGCCCAGCGUUGACGUCUCUGUGAAGAUACCCAAUCCCAGUAGCCAGGUUUGGAGGAAGGAAGCUCAAGUUCCUAUAAGGCCAAGGGAAUUUUCCAUAAGCCCCUGCAGCGGGAGCAUCCGUGCCCUGGGAGCCCAGGAUAUCAAGGUCACCCUGUGUUCCAACACCGUUGGAGACUACGAGCUGGAGCUGGUGCUGGAGGUGGAUGAUGUUGCCAAGGCGGCGUUUGCACUGCCCCUCACAGCCAGAUGCGUCGUUCCUCCACUGCGAGUGCUCGACCCUGUGGUGUCAUUCGGCCGCUGCUCUCUAGGGGUCCCCUGUGUGAAGAAGCUGACCCUUGUGAAUGACAGCGACUUUCCUGGCUGCUACUGUCUUCUCCCUCAGGAGAGAAGUCUGGAAGCCGCUGCAUGGUACAGCGAGUCUAUGGCAAGCGGGAUUAUCGAGGCUCACAGGUCGAAGGAGAUCCUAAUUACACUCCUGGCCCGCUUGCUGGGAGAGUGCGACAUCACUGCCGAGCUCGCCGUGUUUGGGAGAAGAGGAUCCCCACUGGAAAUCCAUUUAAAUUGCAUUGGCCGGGGACCCGUUGUCUAUGUCUAUCCAACGGAGAUUAACUUUGGCUCUAUCCCAGUCUUAAAAGAUCAUUGCAAAACUGUCUGCCUCGCCAAUCAGAGUGACAUUCCUGCAAGCUUCCAGGAAAAGAUGGCUGGGAAACGCUCCUGCUGGAGGCUUGAGCCCAGUGAAGGAGUGGUCCCCCCUAAUGCUGAGGUGCCUGUGCGUGUCAUCGCCCACCUGAAAGACACACUGAAAUUCCAGGGGGAGGUAGAGGUGUCCAUUGAGAAUAGCAACACGACUGUCAUCUCUCUCCAGGCUGUGGGCACUGGCAUCCCAGUUUGCACAGCCAAUCUCCCUCCGGAGGUUGAUUUCAAGUCCCACUUCAGCUUCACUCCCUGCUAUUUCAAUUUCAAAAUGACAAACACAGGACGGUGCAUGUAUCGGCUCCGCUGGAGCACAGAAGGUUUCCACACCGUCCGGCGCAGGACUCGUGCCCCUGCCCGCGGUGGCAGCAAAAGGAAAGGUGCUUCCCAGAUCCCCAGACCUGGCAGCCCCGUGUUUAAGGUCCGGCCGCUGCAGGUGGACCUGAGGCCAGGCCAGACUGUGGAGAUGGUGCUGGAAGGCUGCUCCAGCACUGCCCAGGAGGUGAAGGAGCGGCUGCUGUGCCGCGUUCUGGUGCGGAAAGAGGAGGAAAAGGAACAGAUCACGCAAGUGGAUGUCACCUGCAAGUUCAUUUGCCCUGUUGUGCAAAUGUCCUCCAGAGCAAUCGCUUUCCGUGUGGAAAAGAAACCCAGUGAUGUCCUGACUCUGCAGUACCAGCCUUUGUCUUUAAAGAACACCUGCUCCCUGCCAUUCAGCAUUGUGCUGGACUUGGAGCAGCCGUUCCUGAUCUGCAAUGCAGACCAGCAGCCCCUCCCUGCAGAUUCCAAGCCCAUGAGACUGGAUGUAGGGGAGGAGCUUCAUCUCUGCAUCCAGUUUAACCCAGCUCAGGAGAACAAUUGGAAUAGCUGGGUGGCAGAGAGGGUUCUCAGGAUUCGCUUCUUGGAGCAUCCUGGUGAGGAGCAGAUCACUGUUCGGGGAGAAGUCCACUUCCCGAACCUCCAUCUCCAGGCCGAGGCCGUGGACUUUGGCUGCAUCAUUAAUGACACGGAGCAAGUGCUCUUUAUGGACAUGACCAACUGCAGCCCAAUUCCCGUCCAGUACCACUGGUCAUUCCUGACAGACCGCCAGCUGAACACCAUAAGGUUCAUCCCUUCACCACCCACAUUCAAACCCAAGAAGAAGGCAGCAUUUCCGAGGAGAUACUCCAAGCCCGAAAGUGUGGAUGAGCCAACCGAAAGCCCAGAAAGGAUGCAGGAUUCUGCCCAGCAGCCAGCAGAUGCAGAGGUUUCCCUGGAAGCAGAGGGGCUGUCAUCCCCUGCUGGGGAGUCUCAGAGGCCAGGGAGGAUGAGGGGGUUGAGUCAGUUCUCCAAGAUGGAGCACCCCAAGGUGGGAAUGCAGGAGGUUUUUGAUGUGCGGCCGGUGUGGGGUGAGCUGGAGCCAGGAGAGAGCGAGCUGGUCACCUUCACCUUCUUUGGCCACGCCAACAUCAUCGCCCGUGUCAGGGCGCUGUGCCACGUGGAGGGAGGCCCCACCUACGAGGUGGUGGUCUCUGGGCAGGCUUCAUGCCCCAGCUUCCAACUGGACGUGGAGGAGAUUGACUGGGGGCUGCAGGUGUUUGACAAAGUCCUCAAAGCAGAGGUCACCCUGAGGAACACCGGGGUACUUGAAUUCGCCUACGCGGUGCCAAACUCCGGCGCUGGCACUGCAGCAAACCCUCUGCCUGGUGUGCCCGUGGUCGUGCCCAACACAGGCUGCAUUGCACCUGGCGAGAAGCAAGUGUUGAAAGUCUAUUAUCUGCCAGGAGAGGUAGGAGUCUUCUGCAAGACAUUCCAGGUCCAAGUGGCCUAUCUGGAACUGGCAGAAAUCUUCCUGAAAGGAGAGGGGACCCUCCCUGGAGUUACCGAGGACCAGCCCAGGAUGUUGAAAGAAGAGGAGGGGGUACUGCAAGAGGAAAGAAAAACCUGGAGGAAGAAAAAAGGGAGAGGGAGGAAUCAUCUCUCAUCAUCUCUGGUCAUGGAGUCACUGUCACAGCUAAACAACAGGCUAGUGUCCAACAUCUCUCCAGAGUCUCUUCAGCUGAAGGGCUCCCCAGCAGCAUGCUGGCUCUGGUGGGAGAGGUGGGAGGGUUAUUAUCACUUGGGAAAUUGGAGGAGUAGCAGCUGUGCUCCCUCCCAAAGUUGCCUUUGCUUGUGGCCAGCCCAUCCUUUGAGCUCUCAGAUAGACACUACCAUAAUCAGAUGAUAAGAUUUCUGGGCCUCUUGCUGAAUUUGGAGAGCUUGUGGUGUGUUCUCUUUUGUGACUGAGAGAGAUAUUUGUAUUUAAGCGUUUAUACCUAUAAAGUCAUCAGAAUAUUCAGAGUCAGUGAAUGGCCAAGCACCAGCAAACUCUUCUUCACUUGCUGUGUAAAUGGCAAGAAGGGCAACUGAACUGGUGACCUUUGUGAUCUCCAAAUGGCCUUACUCAUGAUAGCCCUCAUGUACUUUGUUGAUUGGUGCAUGAUUCCACAAAGCAUUUCUCUCCUGUUCUGGAAUACAGAGGUUAAAGCAGAAA